UAGUCAAGAAUGAAUGUAUGCUUAAUCAUGACUUCUUUUCUUCUUUUUUAGGAAAAACGCAAAUGCUGCUAUGCUCAGUAACUAUGAGGUGUUCAAACUCCUGACAGACCUGAAGGAACAGAGGAAGGACAGCGGGAAGAACAAAAACAGUGCCGGCCAGCAGAACCUCAACACCAUCAUGUAUGAGACACUGAAGUACCUGUCAAAGACUCCCAGCAGCAGGCAGACUCCAGAGAUCGUCAGAGAGUUCCUGACCACCAUGAUGCCUCACAAACUCACAAAGGCAGAAAAACUGCAGCUAUUGAACCACCGGCCACAGACAGCAGUGGAAAUUCAGCUUAUGGUGGAGGAGAGUGAAGAGAGGUUGUCAGAGGAGCAGAUCGAGGAGCUCAUCCAGAUGGUUGCAGAAGUCCUUCCUGGUGACCCGGAGCAGGAGAACGCAGCUCCAGCUGACGCAGAGGUCGAUGAAGCCGUCGAACAGUCAUGACGCAGCGAGAGGCCCGACACCACCCGGAGGUGGAGAACUGGAGCGGAGGCUAAAAUGACUACGGAACUGCACUGGUCGCGUUAUCCUGCGCCAUUUGAACUGAGCAACAUGCUGACAGGCGGGAUUCACAACGACGACCAUAUAAUUACCUCAAUGCCAUUUGAAAUGACUCAUUAAAUACAUUAAUAAAUGGCAGGAGAUUGUU